UCCCAAACCAGGUUGACGGCUGCAUUGCACACUCGGGUGGGGCUUUUAUCCUCGCUCCCUCCCUCUUCUCUCUACCAAAGACACUGAAAAAACCCAGCCACUACCGCACACCAGCACAAGGAGACAACCCAUACAGUGCUACCUUGCUUGCUCCCUUGACUCGACCGAAAAAACUCGCCAUGUUCCGCUGCGGGAUCGCCUAUCCACGCUGCAGGUGGAUCGUGCCCCUGCUGCUGCUAUUCGCCAUCAUCUUCGACAUCAUCGCCAUCGCCGCCACGUCUGGCUGGGUGACGGACGAGGAGGGCAAGACGCACUACGCCAGCAUGUGGGAGCAAUACCACGGACGAAACGACCAGUGGGAGGGCAAGUCCCUCAUGGAGUUCCCGUGGGCGCAAGCAGUGGCGGCCCUUAUGAUCCUCGGCCUCCUUAUCCUCAUCGGCGCCUUCAUCCUUUCCUGCGUAGCUCUAUGCUGCACACUCAAUGUCACACUGCUGCCGGUCAUUGGAAUCAUGCUCAUUGUUGUCGUGGUGCUCCAGAUUAUUGCCCUGAUCAUCUACCCGGUCAAGUUCAACGAGGAGAUCUUUGAGGGUCACUACUACUAUACGUGGGCGUACGGCUUUGGCUGGGGCGCCACACUGCUGUGCAUUGGCUGCGCCGUACUCUUCUGCUGCUUGCCGCGCUAUGAGGACGAGCUCACUGGCCUGGCCAAGACAAAGUACAUCUACACAUCCGCCUAAACACCCCUGUCACUCUGACCAGUACUACCAGCAUCAUGUCCUUCUCCAUCUUGGAACAUUUUUACACUUUCGCCCCAAUUCAAGAUGAAGGUCACAUGGACAUCGUCACUAGUAACCAUUUUUAUUCUUUAGCGCCUAUAAAUUCAAAACCAUCACCAAAGUGCCUUCAGAUCAUUGACUGUCUUGGAGCAAAUGAUCUAGAGAGAUUGUAUAACACAUUUGAUCUGGAUCAUUUUGAUCUAGAGCGCUCGGCUCUGGACCAUUUGUUCCAGACCAAUUUAUCAAGCCCACUAUGCAAUUUUACCAACAAACAAAUGAAAAAGAAAAAAUCCUUUCAUUUUUACACAUCAUUGGCCAUUAAUUCAGAAUGAAUGAUCCGGACAGAUUUUCCCAGAGCGAGCAAUUAAAAGCGAUCGGUCCGGAUACUUCAUUAUGGAGUGUUCGGGAGCAAUUGUUCCUGGGCAAGUAAUUUUGCCCUCUUUCUGAAGCGAUGUAUGCAUAUUUUUUCCCAAAACGAAUGAUCAUUUAUUUCAAAGUGUUUAAAGACCAAAUGUGAAGUAAUUUCAUAACAUGCCAAAUAGGGUCACAAUUAAAGUAAUUAAACAUUGUCCAACAAAUAAAGCAUGAAAAAAUAAUUUAUAUGUUGUAUUUUUGACAAAAUAAUCUCGUUUCCGAAGUUCGAGCCUGAAAGGGGACGAACCCGGAAGUGAUAUGUCACACCGAGAACAGCGAUGACAGCGCUCCAUAGGGCCGCCAUACAAAGCCCUUCAAACAAUGAUUCAAACAGCGAUAUAAGUGAUACAUCGAGCGCAAAGGAGGAGAUCCAAGUUUUUGAAGAGUUUGAGGAAGAAGAGGAGCUUGGAAUUUUAUGUUGGACCUAACAUGUAUUAGCCAGACGCUAAUCAGGAUGCAAACUAUGUGCCUAGACUACUUGACAUGGAAUGGAGACAAGACCCACCCAUCGAGAUUACAAGAUUGGUAAAAUAUAGGCUGUUAUUAUUUUCAUGAUUUGAAGAUAAUAAUAAUAAUACAUUUUAUAAGAUGCAGGCGUUUGCACAUAAUUUUAUGUUUUUGUCGAUCUGAUGACAUUGUUUAAAAAAAAUAAUAUCAGAAUUCAUGUUCAUUUUGGCAGAUCCGGCAGCUCUCGUGCAUAUAAAAUAAUAAUAUAAAAACGUUGGGGGGAAAAAAGGAGAUGAGUCGUUGAUGGCUAUCUCCACUUUAUUGUGGCAACAACAAGAAAACAAAAUAAUAGCGGACUGCCGCCACAUUCGACCGCAAAGUUUUGCUUCUCGUUGAUCUCCUCGCCUCCUACUACUCCAGCGUCUCUUAAACGGAUCGUGCAUAGUGUCUUGUUAUGAGCUUUUUGUUGACAAAGGUAUCGAGCACACGACGUGCUGACAACUUUGUUUGUUUAUUAACACAUGGAGCUAACAGUACGAACACAGCUUGGGGCUCUCGGCAGGCUGUGCGGAGCGAUAGAUAGAGCCUGUAGAAGUGGUGUCUAAUGGCGUGAGGAAAUGUAGUUUUUUCACACAAGCGAACAGAUUACAAAGCACCACUUGUGUUGUACCGAGACUACAUUUCCCAUGAUUCACUGCGUGACCUGCGCCGCAUGCUGAUUCGCUGCGAGAUUGACUCAAUGGCUACGCUAAACCAACACGCUAGUUGUCAACUGUCACCUGUCAGCGGCUCUCGUAAAACACAAACUAUAAGGCUAUCAUGCGAUCACCGUGAAAGAAACGCCGAACCGGCCAAAAGCAAUGCAAAGCUUGAAGCAUGAAGGUGGAAAUACAUAACACAAAUACAAAUAAAUGUGCACAAACUCAUCGACGUGACUGAAUUACCGCGACGCGACCCGCUUAUAUGCACAUCCACACCCGUUUCCCGAUUGACAGUGGAUUAACCCUUUCGGACAAGAUCGUAGAUGACGCACAAUUUAAACACGCUUAACCUAGCGAACGCAACAACAACUAUGAUCGGGGAUUGCCACGAGUUAGCUUUCGGCUAACGUCGCUAGCUUCUACUGUUCAUUCCACAACAGUUGGCAGCUCUGCUUUGACAAAAUCAUCAGUCAUCUAUCCAAAAAUCACACUUACUUUUUGGCAAAUCCUUGAUCACAAACAGACCGGUUGAGGAAGCAGGCAUCUUCGAAGUCUUUGUAGCAGAGAACACGACUCGAUGAUGGCGUGAAAUUCAUUCGCUUAGUGCAAACAAAAGAUGUCCAUUUACGUGCCCUGCUAUCCUUCAGCCACUCAUACAACUUUUCUUUAGAUUGAGAACAAUACAUCGCCAAACACCGCCGUGGCAUCUUACCGAGAAGCAAUGCAACAAUACUGUGUGUAUGGCGGACUUCCCCUGCAGUUCUCGGUGUGACGUAAUUUCCGAAGAUGGCCGAAGAAAAGCAUUUUCUUUGUCAAGGGCGUUUCUAUGGGUUAAACAAAGAA